GCUUUGAUGUAACAGUAGAACAGGAUAUUGAGAAUGCGAUCAAAAGAAUUAAAGGGACUUCUGUUGCAAAUCUGAAUCCUAUUCGGGACAGAGGUAGUGGUAAUAAUAUAUUACCUGGAAAUUCUAACUGGUUUGAGUGGCAAUGGCCAACAACAGGUGAAUUUUCUGGAUGUAUUAAAGCACGGGAUAUUCCUGGUAUAGGUGAAUGGAAAAUUUUUACUAUAGCAGAAUUAGAUAAAUUUCGCAAAAAAGACAUUCAUAAGCCCACACCACAAGUAUUGACACAUACUACACCUUCAUCAGAAUGGGAAAUGCUAAUGCCGAAUUCAUCAC